ACGAGGUUCGCAGUAAAUUUAGUGGCUACUUUCUCAAUAUUUCAGCUAAGUAAGGCGUUUACUGCUGUUUCAAGAGCUGUCGUUGUAAAAAAGGUAAUCUGGAACGUUUUCGUUGUGUUGGCGGUUGUCUCGCAAUCGCAACUCAGAAGUACAACUGAUUACCUCAUUUCGUCGUUGGCCAUUGCCGAUUUGCUCAUAAUGAUCUUUUGCCUUCCAACUACAUUGCUCAAUAAUAUUUUGACAGAGUGGCAGCUCGGUGCGUUGUUCUGCAAGAUGUCGACGUGGAUAAAUGCGACGACGUCGUGUGCGUCGAUAUACACCCUAGUGGCGGUGACAGCCGAUCGCUACCUGGCAAUCUGUCAUACUCUGAAAUAUACAUUAUGGGAAGUUAGUUACACGUUGUACGUCAUCGCUGGAAUAUGGUUCGUCAGUGGAUCAUUAGCGACGCCGAGUCUCUACGGAUAUGAUGAGAUAUACUUCGAGUACGGUAACCAGACGCUCUGCGUUUGUGCGUCGCGGACGAAUGAGAAGCUGCAGUUCGUGGUGGUGAACCUGAUUCUCGCGUUCAUCGUUCCUUUUAUGCUCAUUUCUGUCUCCUAUACAAAAAUCUUCUACACCGUGUCGAACCAUCGUAGCCUCGCUGUUGAUGCGCAUAUUCGUGACGAACGAACGAAGCUUCGUGUGGCGACAAUGAUGUUAACGGUGAUCGUUGUGUUCGCCUUAUGUUGGUUACCAUUAUAUGUAACUUAUAAUUUUACUCGAAUCGGUGUAUUCCAGGUGCUUCGGCCAUUCUUCCAAUGGCUUUCGUUGCUUAGCAGUUCACUAAAUCCAUUAAUAUACAUAGCUUACAGCCACAAAUAUCGUCGAGCUUUUCAUAAAAUCCUCUUCCUUCCGUGCCAGUACGAGAGGGUACGAGGAACUAUACUGCGCAGCACUGAGACCCAGUUAUCAGAAGGAAACCAAAAUAAGAAGGUUUGCGAUACAUCGUUAAUAAAACUGGGUGAAAAACAGCAAAACGCAUAA